CCCUCCUAUAAAACCUCCUGCCCCGCCACCUACAGGAAGCCAGCUCUUCCUCUGCCCACCCAACAACAUCAGACUCAGACCAGCAGCUCAACUCUCAACUUUCGUCGAUGGCGAAAUGCAGCAAGAUCCACAACAUCGUCUUGCUCCGGCAGACCCUGCGACGGUGGCGCUCCCGUGCCGCGGCGCGCGCUGCUGCGGGCGACGGCGCGGUGUCGGUGCCGGCGGGGCACGUGGCGGUGUGCGUGGGCGGCGCGUCGCGGCGGUUCGUGGUGCGGGCGGCGCACCUGAACCACCCCGUGUUCCGGGAGCUGCUCCGGCAGGCGGAGGAGGAGUACGGGUUCCCGUCCGGCGCGUGCGGCCCCAUCGCGCUCCCCUGCGACGAGGACCGCUUCCGGGACGUCCUCCGCCGCGUCUCCUCCGAGGAGCGCCGCGGCGUGCCGGCCGCCAACAGCCGCGACGUGGCGACGCGGCCGUUGCUUCAGAGGGUGGCGGCGGAGGAGCUCGUGUGGUAACCGAUCGAUGGAAGCCACACGGAUUGGCCAUUCAUACGUGCUCUGUUCUCACAU